AUGACGACCCUUUCAUCCCCUGCCCAGAUGGUCUCCUGGGACGAAGACCGCUCGUUGAAGGAGGUCCCUCGCCUGACCCCCGCCGCGGUGAAGAUGGCUCUGCCAGACCUCCACCUGACCAUCACAAGCAGUUACCAGAUGGUCUAUCUGCCCGCCGGAUCAGGACCAGGCCUGGAGAAAGAGGGGUCGGCGGUCUUCAUCUUCACGGACCGCGUGGACUCCACCGAUGAGGAGACUCCCGGCAGCUUCAUGACGCAGGGCAAGGGCAUGUUCAUGGCCGCGACGUACCGGGUUGAGGGGACGUUUGAGAUCAUCGCGGGCAGUGGACAGGGGAAGCUGGGCGAGCGCUUCAAGGAGGGGAAAGGCAGUUUUGCGUCGGGCGAGGGAGGGAAAGUGAAUUAUGUUUUUGAACUGAAGUAG